AUGCCAACCACUUCUCUCAACCUCACCCUCGUUUCCCUCCUCCCGAGCUAUACCCCCUCCACACUCCCCGCGCGCCUGAUCCAGCUUUCCGAGUCCCUUCUCGCGCAGUCCCGCCAACGAGCGGCCCACCUGAAACCGGAGGAAGAGAUCGCCCGCGCACACGCGUGCUGCGAAAUAGCAUGUACGCGACUCCGGGCCAAAUUGAGGCUCCCGGCGCCCAAGACGGGCGGCGCGCCCUGCAAACCGGCGACGUAUAGGAAAUUGGUGGCGUAUUUUGGCGGUGUGCUUGAUGAGACAUCGACACAGCAAACCACCCCAGGCACCGGCGGCCGGAAGAAGCGGACGGCAGACGGGUCAAUCAAAACGGGCGCCGGCGUGGAUGGAACAGGUAUAGAUUCGGAGACCAGAGGGGGUCGAACCCUCGCAACAACGACGCCUACGAAGACGCCUUCGACCACGCUUUCGAAAUCUAAAUCUAAACCCGGCUCUAGAUCUAGCUCUACAUUCCUCGGCAAAGUCAAUGGCCUCGCACACAGGGACGCAGCAGAAGACGCACCGCGCUACGUGAUGCCACUCAUCCGCCGACUGUGCCGGACGUUCGCGACCCCUUUGCUCGCUCCGCACGUCUACACGGGCGUGUGUGUCGUGUUGAAGCUGGACGGGCUGUGGGGAGAUGCGGCGCAUGACGCAUUGGGAGAGAAGGAACACGAUUUAGAAGAAAAGAUCACGGGCCUGCUCAUCGCGCUGUACCUAAUGACCUUGACGCGCAUGCAGAGGGCCUCGAAGAUGACGACCGCGGUGUACAAGGCCACGUGUGCUCGGGCCGUGGAGGUGCUGGCGUAUACGCCCGGCGUGAAGGGCGUGGAGGGCUGGAUCCGUAGGAUUAAUCAGCGCGGGUAUGCGAGGGGGCAGGAGUGGUUUGGCAGCGUGCCGGAGCGGGUGUUUGAGUUUGAUCCGGAUGCUGGCGGCGACGGAGCCGAGGAGGGAGAAGAGGACGAGGAUGAUGACGGAUUUGGACAGGAAGAGGAAAUCCACGAAGAUGACGACGUCGAUGGCGACGAUGACGACCUGAUCAUUUCAGGGAGGAGGCGGCGGAGGCGGAAUAGUACAGAACUAGACGACGAGGUGGCGGAAGAUCCCGAGGGCGUGCUUCUCCCGGGUCUGCAUACCAUGAUGCAUCUCGGGGUGGACUUUUUGGGCGAUGAGCGCAUACGCGAGUUUGAGAAGUGGAAGAAGCAGUUCCUGCAGAGGCUGGACAGGUUGGAUAGGGCGGAUAAGUCGCCUGCGGCUGUCGCUGUGGCUUAG